AGUCCAUUCCCUCGGCCAACUCCCGACCGCACCGAACCCCACCAUUCCAUCCACCGCCCAGUUCUAUUCUAAAUUCUCUCCACAUCAGUCCCCUCUCCCAGCGCACCGGCACACUACGCGGUCGCCAUACACACCUGCUCGAUCCGGCGCAGCACGAAAAUGGCGACUUCGGACACGGAGAAAUCCGCGGGAGGAGAGAAGGUGUCGACGCAGAACACGCAGUACGACGCCAUCGGCAGCAAGUACGGCGAUAUCAAGAGCAAGCCUGCGACCCAGCCCGAGCCGCCGAGCGUGGUGGAGGCGCUGGGUGAUGUAAGCGGGAAGCGGUGCUUGGGUAGGUUGGCGUUCUUUUUUUCUCUGCCCCCACUUCCACCGGUGUGCUAGUGUGCGAGGCUCGUCUAGGCGGCGUGCAUACAUGCAGGUUCGAGGCGUAUAGUCAGGGUCGGUCUUGAAAGGACUGCAUUGCCCAGACUGCGGGCGGCGGGGCAGGUGAGGAGGGAAGAGAAAAGGGGGAGGGAUAAGGUGAGGGUGGAGAAGUGGCUUGAGGACGUGGAUGCGGCGGACGGUGAGGAUCCCGCGCGGCAGGCAGAAAUGGAGGAGUUUGAGGCGAUUGGCGUUGGCGAAGGGGCU